UUAUAAACAUAUUUUUUUAUAAAUGGUAUUAAAUAUCGCGGCCUAAUAAAAAGGGCUCUAAUAUAUGUACAUAGAAACCAUUUCGAAAAAUGUUAUUUAUAUUGUAAAGUGUUUGAAAAAUCAAAUUCAAAAUUCGACCGCUUAUGUAGUUGGUGUCCGUUUUUGAAAAUGCAUCGUCGUUGCAUUAUCUGUGGCCAGGAGCCAGGCAAACAAUGUGUAUAUCCGCGCGACAUGGCGGAGGCGCGACGAUGGCAAAAUCUGGCUAACCUCGGCAAGUUCGCUGUGGACACGGAAUCCUUGUACCAGCACGGCUGUGUUUGUGCUAUGCACUUAAACAGGAACCAUAAAUGCAGCUCGGAUCUAGGGGGAAAGUCUGACGCAGUUUGUCCACCGAGACGUGCAAGCGACCAGAUAUCAGAGCAAUACCAGCGUCCUAGCGUCAAGUGGAACCAUGUGGAAACGGAUCGGCGGUGUCCGCCAUCUACACCACAAGGAUGUUGUCCCUAUAUCACCAAUAAGAAACCAAACGUUGGGAUGCAAAUGAAAAGCAUCUACAACAUUGGACUCGACCGAUGUCGCGGAGCCAUGAUUCAGGGAAAUCUGUAUUCCCAAAUGCGGAAGAACUAUUCACGUCAACAAGCAACUGGGCCAACCGACGGCAAUGAGCCGCGACGGAACCAGUCAAUUCUUCCGAAACUUUGCGCCUGUGUCAACUGUCCAAUGCUGAAGAGCUUCAAGGCUGCGCCGAACGAAUCCACGUGUCCUUUGACGCGGCCCCGCUCAAGUCCUGCGCCCUCUGUGAAUUCUGUGAACAAGCCGCAGCAGCAGCGCUAUUCCAACAGUAAUCAAAGAGCGCAAAAUAACACCCAGAAACCCAGAUCCUGUGAUCGACUCUCCUGUUACGCUUAUAGUCAAAAGCAGAAUCAGAAAAAAGAUGAUUCGCAUAGCUCAACUACCACCAGCACUGCUCCAAGUACAACGACAAAUGAUAGUCACCGGGAAAGAAUGCCGGAUGUGAGGAACAAGUGCUGCCAGGCAUGCUUCAACUGCCAGUUGAGGGAUCAGGAGUCGCAAUGUUCCCAGCACACUUUAAAACGUAAGGCUUCUUCAGCGGUCGCGAGUCCUCGCCCUAGCACGCAGCUAAAAGCCAGCUCAAUCUCAACGGGACGCACUUGCGACAGGACCAUAAGUUCUAAGGGCCUCUCUUCCAUUAGAACUUAUCGUUCCAGCCAGCGAUCAUCUAGUUUAGCGUCGAAAUACGGCAUGAAUAUGUCUAGCUUUGGAUAUGGCGGAGGGGAAAAAGAAUAUUCCAUCUAUGCCGUCAAUGUGCUCCUAAUGAACGGCUCCCGCCAAAAUAAAUAUGAUAACCCUAACCCAGAGAUCUGCGUACAGGAGUCUGACCUGGCAGAUUGCAACGAACGAGCCAUUUUCCCGGAAGUCGACAAGCCCAGCUACCGAGUGUGUCGGGCUGCCACCUCAGAUCAAUCCAAUGCCAAUGGUAAACAGGAUGACGAGGACGAAGCCAAUGUCCUGGUUCUUGAAGAGGGUCGCUUGGAUGUUUGCAGCCCCGAAGACAAAAGUCCCCAGGGGGAGAGUCGGAGUGAACAACAGUUCUUGGAAGGAAUGAAUUCAAACCAGAACCAAAGUAAGCUGCAACAGUCGGAAAGUAAAAGCAUUAAGCGGUGUACAGACCAUGGGAUUCAACCCGGGCAAUUUGGUGACAACUGGAUCAAUUCACCAGGGGCAGCCAACUACAACAAAGUUCUGGAACUGCAGAGGUCACGCAUCAAUGAGCUGGAGAAUCUGUUGCAGCAACAUAUUGUGCUGCAGCAGACCAUCCAGGCAAGGAUGGCAGAAUUGCAGUGCCAAGAGCCGGCUAAAAGCGCUAAUAAAAAAUAGCAAUAUA